UUUUACGCAACCAGUGUCGUAAUUAUCGAAAUGAUUGUCCUAUCAGUCAGCAGCUUUUUUUGACCACAAGACCUUUACAUCUUUUUGCUGAUGCUGGACUUUCUGAAGCAAAGAGAAAUGGUUUCCGGGGUGUAAGUGCAACUCCUGCAGUACUCAAGAUGUGUCAGAGCAGCCCAAUGUGCACCCACUACCAGAACAAUAGAAAGUCAAUAGGAAUUCAUUAAUAGCUGACUAAAUUUUCUAUCUCCUCUUGUUUUAUUCUACUACUUGGAAUGGUGGCAAAAAAAAUUAUCAAGACUCGGUUAUUUCCUUGGUUCUUGUCCCUUUCCUGAAGGAAAUCUUCAUUGGGCGAGCACAGAGUAGAGCAAAAGGAAGGUAACAGGAAUUUUUAAUUGGAGGCAGCGGAACCUCAGUGAUGACCAGCCCAUAAGCUCUGCAUUUAGUCUCCACCUUACAAGGUGCAGUUAAACUCGUUCACAAACAACACAAACAAACUCCCCAGUUGACAGCUCUGGCAGGAGGAGUCACUGAGGCAGCUGCUUAGAGCAAAGCCCAGUUUUAGUGGAGCUCUCUUAGGCUUUGAUGGAGUCCAUGGGCCUGGAACUCACAUUAGAGACCCCUUGAGACCAGUUUGCUGGGAGAUGAGAUGCACCGAUAAAUCAGCUACCUGGUCACUGUGUGGCUUGCUUAAGCAUGGACAAACCUUAAAUCUCCCCUCCUCACCACUCAUGUUCCUAUCCCAUUGUUUUCCCAGAGGGCUGUGGAGGCACAGGGAGAUUCUCCCUGAGACAGGGCAGCCGUUUCCCUGGCCGGAUCAGGGAGUGCAUGGAUCAGGCUGCAGGCGCUGGGACCGUGGCUGUUCAAACAUGCUGGCAGCCUGUAACCUUUGUGCCUGUGCCACUGGGGCCGGUGUUACUCAUGCCCGUCCCACCCACAGGCUUGGCACGGAGCUCUGCACCUUCCGAAGCCUCCUGGCUCCUUAUCAAGUCGAUAAAAGCAGCGUGUUUGGACAGAGGUUUGACUGCUUCAGAGCUGCCUCUUCUCCCUCUCUUGUGCUUCACCUCAGGAGGGGGAAAGGCAGUGACCCAAAUCGGCCCCACGGAAGAGGGGGAAUAUCCCAGCCUGAGGCUGGAAUAGAGAACUCCCCGGGAUAAAUGGGCCUCCUGAACGCCAAACCCUCCCGAGUGAAGCGGGCCAGCAUCCUGAUGCUAGGGCUGGAUUCUGCGGGGAAAUCCACGCUGCUCUACAAGUUCAGGUAUAAAGAUGCUUUUCUAACAAUGCCAACAAUUGGCUUUAAUGUGGAUAUGAUCGAAGCAGGGAAGGAUUUUACACUGACGUUUUGGGAUGUUGGAGGACAGAAGAAAAUGAGAGAGCUCUGGAGCAAUUUCCUGGAAGACACCGACGGGCUGCUGUACGUGGUGGACAGCUCUGACAAGCGCCGGCUGGAGGAAUCCAGGAGAGAAUUUGAACUCAUUUUAAAGAAUGAAUCCAUAAAAAACAUCCCGGUGGUCGUGCUGGCAAACAAGCAGGAUUUGCCUGGAGCUCUGAACGCUGAGGAGAUCACCAGGAGGUUGAAGAUGAAGAAGUACUGCAGUGACAGGAACUGGUAUGUGCAGCCCUGUUGUGCCAUCACAGGAGAAGGGCUGGCAGAAGCUCUCCAGAGAGUGGCCACGUUUGCCAAGCAGUACUGCAAGUCAAAGGAGACUUUCACCACCCUGAAGGAAUUCAAUACCCUCUAAGAACUUCCAUCAUCCAGUUCUGGUGACUGGUAACAUAUUUUAUUGGACAGAAUAAGUCUGGAAAUACUGGAUUCUGAAGAACUUUUAUACAUAAAUAUUUAUGAAGGACUUUGUAAAUAUUUAUGAAGAACUUUGACCAUAUUAAAUUCUACUGUUAUACCUGCAGAUACUUGAUAUACCUGGUAGGAUAUCUCAUACCUGAGAUAGGACUCUGUAGCAUUUUAUUAUUAUUUUUUUAUUUACUUGGGGUUGUUCAGUUCAAGUUGAAUGAUGAGAAAGGGGCAGUUGAGCACAUGGAAAUAGGUGAGCAGUGUUUAAGUUGCUUAAUUCCAAUGAAGAUUCAAAUGAAUUUUUCUCAAGAUGUAAACCAGCCGAGUCAUUUGGUCAGCAAUGAUCAAAUGCUGUUUUGUAAUAAAUGCUCCAUGGAUGUGUUUCUCAUUUGAAAAUAGAGUGGGGUUAGAGCUUCAGCUCUCGGAGAACUUGUUGGCUGUUUCUGCAUUCUAGAAACAAUUACUGCAGAGAGGUUGUGACGAGCAGGACGUGCUCCUCGCCCAGCCCCAGACAGAGCCUGGCUGCAGCGCUGUCUCCAAGGUGCAGCUCUGACGUCCUGUUGUCCCAGAUAUCCACGUGCUGCUUCCCUUGUUCCUGCACUGCUGGAUUGCCCUCCUUAGAGGAAGGAGAGGGAGGCCAGCACGGGAUCAGUCAGGGAAGAGCUGAAUCCCAUUGGUUUUGUAGUGACUUCCCAGUGGUGGGCUCUGGAAGAGUUGUGGCAGGGGUCCUCUUGUGCUCCUGGUUUUUUGUGGCAGGAUUACACCAAGGAAGUAGGUGGGAAUUAGGAAGUUUACAUUUCAUGCUUACUAAUAAACAGACAGGAAUGUCAAGUUAUAAAAGGGUGAAGCAGCAAUAAAAUCACCCAGACAUAACCUGUUGUCUCAUGCACAGAUUAUUCAAAGACCAAAAAAAUCAUCAGGUGGAUUUGCUGAAAUAGUAAACAAAGGGAAGUUUCUCAAUAGCAGCUGUUAUUAAUACUGAGACUAAUUAAUUACCAGG